AUGGAGGCAUCGCGGGGACCCCCAAGGGUCAAGAACAAGGCUCCUGCGCCCGUCCAGAUCUCAGCGGAGCAGCUGCUCCGUGAGGCUGUUGACCGGCAGGAGCCCUCACUACAGGCGCCGACGCAACGGUUUGCGGAUCUGGAAGAACUACACGAAUACCAGGGUCGCAAGAGAAAGGAAUUCGAGGACUAUGUGCGGCGCAACAGAAUUAACAUGAACAACUGGAUGCGGUACGCCGCUUGGGAGCUGGAACAGAAGGAAUUCCGCCGGGCACGAUCGAUCUUCGAACGAGCGCUGGAUGUCAGCUCAACCUCUGUGCCGCUAUGGAUCCGGUAUAUUGAAUCGGAGAUGCGAAACCGAAACAUCAAUCAUGCGAGGAACUUGCUUGACCGCGCCGUCACGAUCUUGCCGCGGGUGGAUAAGCUCUGGUACAAAUAUGUCUACAUGGAAGAGACUCUGGGCAAUAUCCCUGGCACGCGGCAGGUAUUUGAGCGAUGGAUGUCAUGGGAGCCAGAGGAAGGUGCGUGGAGUGCGUAUAUUAAGAUGGAGAAGAGAUACAAUGAGUUUGAGAGAGCGCGGGUGAUCUUCCAGCGGUUUACGAUCGUGCAUCCCGAGCCCAGGAACUGGAUUAAAUGGGCUCGAUUUGAGGAGGAGAACGGUACCAGCGACUUAGUGAGAGAGGUGUAUGGGGUUGCGGUGGAGACGCUGGGCGAGGAUUUCAUGGACGAGAAGCUGUUCAUCGCAUACGCCAAGUUUGAAACGAAGCUCAAGGAGUAUGAGCGCGCUAGAGCCAUCUACAAGUAUGCUCUAGACCGGUUGCCCCGUUCAAAAUCGGUCACUCUUCACAAGUCGUACACUACGUUUGAAAAACAGUUUGGUGAUCGCGACGGCGUGGAGAAUGUCAUUCUUACAAAGCGCAGAGUUCAUUAUGAGGAGCAACUGAAGGAAAACCUGCGCAACUAUGAUGUUUGGUUCGACUUUGCGCGCCUGGAAGAGACUUCCGGGGACCCCGAGCGAGUGCGGGAUGUCUACGAACGGGCGAUUGCGCAAAUUCCUCCUUCCCAGGAGAAGCGACACUGGAGGCGUUAUAUUUACCUUUGGAUCUUCUAUGCCCUCUGGGAGGAGAUGGAGGCCAAGGAUAUCGACCGUGCUCGUCAGGUCUACGCCGAAUGUUUGAAACUAAUCCCUCAUAAGAAGUUCACAUUUGCCAAGAUUUGGCUCAUGAAGGCGCAAUUUGAGGUACGGCAGAUGAACCUUCAAGCGGCGCGUAAGACGCUGGGCCAGGCGCUUGGUAUGUGUCCUAAGGACAAACUUUUCCGUGGUUACAUCGACCUGGAGCGUCAACUAUUCGAGUUCGUACGGUGCCGGACGCUGUACGAGAAGCAGAUUGAGUGGAAUCCGUCUAAUGGCCAAUCUUGGAUUCAGUAUGCGGAACUGGAGCGGGGCUUGGACGAUGCCGACCGUGCGCGAGCCAUAUACGAGCUUGGAAUCGAACAGCCAACCUUGGAUAUGCCCGAGCUUGUCUGGAAAUCUUACAUCGACUUUGAGGAUUACGAAGGCGAAUACGAGCGUGAGCGGGAUCUGUACGAGCGCCUUCUGCAGAAGACAGACCACGUCAAGGUCUGGAUCAACUACGCACGGUUUGAGAUCAAUGUGCCGGACGAGGAAGAAGAAGAGGACGAAGAAGAGCGACCGAUCAGCGACGAGGCCAAGCGACGAGCCCGGGCUGUCUUUGAGCGUGCACACAAGGUGUUCAAAGAGAAAGAGCUCAAGGAAGACCGAGUGGAAUUGCUCAACGCGUGGCGAUCCUUCGAACAUACGCAUGGCUCGCCAGAGGAUAUCGACAAGAUCGAGAAACAGAUGCCCCGGCGGGUCAAGAAGCGGCGCAGGCUGGAGGACGACCGGUACGAGGAGUACAUGGAUUAUGUGUUCCCAGCGGACGACCAGUCGGCAGCGAACCUCUCGAAGCUGUUGCGGAUGGCGCACCAAUGGAAGCAGGAGUCGGCAGGUGGGCAGUGA